GCGAAGCAAGUGAAGUCAUUAGAAAAGACACACUCACAUACACACAUACUCAAUAGGUCAACUUUUUUUGCCGUCAACAAAAGGAAGCGACGGCCGCGUCGCAGCAGCUGCAAUAACAACAACUAAAGCAUAGCCACAACAUGGAAGACUUCGAUAUUGAUUUGGACUUUAACUUUGUGCAGCUGAGUCGGCAGCAGCUGCUGCAGCGAUAUACUAGCGCAGUGCGCCAGCUACGCCGCCUUGCCGAUGUCAACUAUGGCGUCCGUCCGCUCAGUUUCGAUAACUAUGUGAUCUUUCAGUAUUUCCAGCAGCGCAGCUCCCAGCCCCUUUACAAUACAUCCACGCCCCUCGUGGCAUACCUGCGGCUGGAGGUGCUCCAUCAUUUUCUCGACCGUCGGCGCAAAAUCCUCUGUUGGCUCUUCUACCUGACCUUGAUAUCGCUUUGUGUCGUGGCGUAUCGAUACGAGACGACCUCAUCGCAUGGCGGCCACAACGGACGGAUGGUCCAAUCACUGGUCUAUCCCGGCAUGCGAAUGUGGCGUCGAAUGACAAUGCCGCUAAUCCAACGAUUUCCGCGGCUAACCGAACUGUACGACGAGUCUUGCCUAAUGGGCAAUCCGUUCUUUCAGGUCGAGGAUCUCAGCUGCAGCCCCUGUGCGAACGUCGACAGCGUUUGGAUGGAGACUGAUGAGUGCGCUCAGCUGUAUGCCGACAUCAAUCAGAAUCCGGGCAAUCGCAGCCAGCCGGAGUCGGGCCCUCUGUCGCAGUACAAGCAGCUGACGCUGAUGCAACAUUGCCGCCGACCCAUGGAGCACAUGCCAUAUACAUUUCGCAGCAAUCAGCAUACCUUCGAUCUGUCUGACUUCUACCAGAUCUAUGCAAAGAACCUGAAGAUCUUCCAGCGGGAUGCGUAUCGCGUUCACUCCACUAAUCAGGGCGUACACAAUCUGGAGGAUCUCUUUGGCCAGUUCAAUGCGAGCAGCGCCGCCCACAAUGAUCACGAUGAUCCCAAUGAUAAUGAAGACGAUCAUCAGCAGGAGCAGCGGCAGCAUCAGCAGCAUCGCCAUCAUCAUGAUAAUUUUCUCCAUUUGUCAACCGCUCACAAUUUGUGGCGCUGCAAUCGCAUGCUGCCCGCCCGUCUGCUGCGUCCCAUUUUCGCACGGCCGCUUCGAUUGCCCAGCAUGAGUGUGGCACUGGAACGGUAUGUGGCCAUUGACACAGCACAGGCGCCAGCGUAUACGCUGCCCGAUACGGAAUGCCCCAAUGUCUAUGUGCAUCAGGCGGUGGGCACACGCUUCAUCAUCCUGCGUCCGACCAGCGAAUGUCGCCAGCGCUGUCGUACGCUCUCCAUGCGUCUCAGUCAAUCCUUUGUGCUCAACUACAAUUGGUUGUAUUGGAAGCCGAUUUCUGCGCCCGAUCCCAUAUCGGAGAGCAUGUCCAUUAGCCUUAUUGGUUCCUACUGUUAAGUUAACACACACACGUGCCACGCCCUCAGCAACCUGCCACGCCAUCUAGCGCCCCCCAGCCCACUAUAUUCAGUGAACAAACUAUUUGUUAACAGCCAAACCAAAAUUAGCUAGAACCAUAAAAAUGUACGAAUUUUUUGUCGCUCAAUUUGGAAAAGAGAACAACAACAACAACAACUAAACGAAAGCUGUUUGAACCAUUGUAAAUGGGCAGCUGGAUUAGCUCUAAGCUCCGAGUCCUUAUAGCUAAUAAGUUAAUCUUAAUUGAGUAUCUAAUAAUUCUCUACACUGCUUGUGUUCCAAAUCGGGAAACAGUAUUUCCUUCCAUUUUUCUUCUCGUAUUGUCCUUGUUGUUUUAACAACAAAUGCAUUUAUAUACAGCU